AUGGCGGCCACGUCGGCGAGUCCGGCGAAGAGGGAACGCUCGUUGCCGUUCGACCCAGAGGACCCGAAUUACAUCAAAGAUCUGCAGCGGCCGGCCGUUAUUAAGGCGGAUCUGACGGGGAUGGAACGGCGAAAGCGCGUCCAGGAGGUGCUGGAGCACAAGGAUUUUUGCAACCAGCUGGAGGAGGUGAUUCGUCAAGACCUGACAGCUCUAGGCAUGGCUUUGAGGAGGAGAAUCGAUCAAUAUCUCUGCAAAACUCUCCGAAUUGGCACUGCCGAGGAGUCCGAUGAGGAGCCCGAUGCAUGGAUUGCGGGCAUCGACACUACCGAUCGCCGAUCUAAAAGUCAGGGUAUCUACAAUCAUAUUACGGUUCGGCAUCCCGAGAACCCGAGCGAGAUCCUGAUCAACCCAUUUGGACUUUUGUACCACGAGAUCACCGCUUCGUCCCUGAUUAAAGUCGACCUGGAUGGGCAGAUUUUGGACCCGGGCACGACAAAGCUGGGGAUAAAUGAGGCGGCCUUCACCCUCCACUCGGCCCUCCAUUCAGCCCGUGAAGAUGGAAAUCUAGAUGAUGAAAAAGAAAGAGCCAGUAUAUUGGAGAGCCUUGGUGAUAAGAAUGUGAUGAUCGUCCGAAAUCAAGGAUUCGUAGCCUGCGGUUCUUCCGUCGAAGAAACCCUCCACUUUGCCUACAACACGAUUCUAGCGUGUGAGACGCAGAUUCGGGCAGCUCGAGCCGGGAUUGAAAAUUUGCACAUCCCUGAUGAAGCGACGGUAAAUAAGACAUUUUUGGCUGCUAGACAAGUGGCAACUUCCUACGGAUCCGUCGAUGAAUCCGACCCCGAGGCCCUGGCCGCCCAUAAGCUUGCACAACUUCGGAAAGAACAGGAAAAGAUCCGAUGGCUGAACUCGCCGAACGCCUAUCAGAAGGAGAAGCAACGAGCCAUCAAAGAAGACCGAAUGAGCGGUAAAACUUCGGCUGGUCCACAGUCACAAGUUCUUGAUGGAACUACUUAUCAAGAAGCGAGAGAUAUAAGGAGGGCAAAUAGCUACGGCGACUCGCUGGCCGGCCCCGCGGAUCGCUUCGUAAUGAUAGGAACAGCUUCUAAAGGAAUUAUCGAUCGACAGCAUCAACAUAAUGCACAGGUCUACCGCCAACUCUACGCUCCAAAUCCAUUUUCAUCAGAAACUGAUGAGAAUAUAAAGAAGUAUUUUAGGGAGGUUGAAGCCAAAUACGGCUUCCCUGAUGCAAGGGCCCGGGAGCACCGGAUGCGCGAGGAAUCGUCCUACGGUCUGGACGAGCUAUCGCAAUCCAAGGCACUGGACGUCAGCGGACAUUCAAAUACGAGAUCCAAUCAGGCGCUGUCGGAGGACGAGGCACCCCAAAUCACCCAAUCCGAGACGAAAAAGAAGAAGAAGCGUGGUUUCUUCUCGUUUAUGCGGAUGAGCAAACGUGACAAACAUCGUGAGGCGGCA